AGUAAGUAUUAAAUUCAUUCAUCAUGAACUUAUAAAAUAUAUAACACUAUAAAAUGUAUUUACUUAAACUAUUAGUUUUUCAAGGAUUACUCGUAUGUGUACGAACAUCACCAUGAUUGGACUCAUUUUUUAAAUGUUCGAUGUCAAUGGCGUGGAAUCGAGAACGGAGUCAUUUUGUACAAUUUGGAAUGUGUAAAACAGUCGAUAAAUGAAAAAUUAUUGUUAAAUUACGAUAUGUUAACCGAAACGAUUAAAUAUGAUGUGUACUUCAUGAAUAAUGCUCCAGACAAACAAUUCUUGGAAUCAAUAAUUCUAAAUAUCUAUACUGAAUUGUAUAAGUUCUACGAGUCUAAAAACAUUUAUAUUUGGCAGUCGUUUGAAUGGUUAAGUGGAACAUAUAUUAUUAAUCUAACUCAUAGUUCCAAUUCUUUGAACGAAGUAAAAGAGAAGAUAGGAAAAUAUAAUGAAGAAAAUGUACCAUAUUUAGUGUUUUACGAUCUACUAUUACCGUGGAAUUUAAAUAUAGAAUCACUUAUUGAUUUUAAAAUUCUUACUGACAAUUAUAUUCUUGAUAACUUAUUCCAAUUCGUUUGGUGUCAAGCAAGAAUAAUUUAUUUAUUCUUUAAACAUAAUAGCAUUGAAAAUAUCGGUCCCGAAGUAUUCCAGCGCCUGAAAAAAUCUAUUAAAUGGUAUAAAUCAGGAACACCAGAAUUGUACAAACUCAUGUCCUUGACUGAUGAUCAUUUUACAGUUCCCGAAAACAUUGAAUCCAUUAUCACGGCAAUUGAAAAUAAUAGCAUUGAAUUAUUUUAUUUAAUGAAUACUGAAAUAUUAAAUAAAAAUAAAUCGAAGACAGAAUAUUGUUCAUUAAAUAGUGAAUCGGUAGAUUUCACGAUUAAUUUGAACCAAAAGUUUUUAGAAAACUGUUACAACGCUAUAAGUCUAAUAAACGCGUAUUAUUCGAUUGCGAUUAAUUCAAAUGUAACAAUUAUUAAUAAAACCUAUAAUUUUUUUCUCGGACAUGAAUUUUGUACAAAAAACAAUGAAUUAUUUAUACCAGGAGUAAUAUUCAUUACCCCUGAGGCCCAUAAUUCCAACCUAAGCAAACUAUGAGACAAAGAGUCUUUGUCAACCCAGUUUUUGAUUGCACGUAUAUUGUAUAAUGUAAGUAAACUGGCAUUUGUAAUUUAAAUUGUCAUAAUUCUACUGUUAAAUCAUGUUCAUCAUUACCAGGGCUCGGAAGUUCUAGCAAAUGCAUAUUUUUCUUGGUUCAUCCUAGAACAUCCAA